CAAGUUGGUAGUCAGUAUAAAUGUCAAAUUUUGUGUAAAAUUUGUAAAUUUUGUCCGUGUAAAUUCAAUAUGGAAAAUUAUCUCUUUUUGUUGGAAUUGUUCGUGGAUACGGUGACUUUCUCCUCUAAUCUCCCCUCGUACCCCCGCUCCGUGGACGUGGUGGUUUCCGGGGGCGUGGGGAAGGACAUCAAGAUGGACGUCUUCACAGUUCAGGCCUUCCCCGACUCCAACGAGGAGCAAAAAGAAAUGCAAAUGAACUGCGGCAGGUCCACCCUGUUUGCCUGCACCCCCGACGACCUCCUCGCCAAAAUCAACUCGCACCCCUUCGAAAUCGUGGUCUACAUCAAGAAUAAGCCCAUUGGGAGUGCCCCCAUUUACUGGACGAAGGAUUUUUACACUUUGGUGAAAAAGUCGAAGGAGACUUUUGGGGUUAAAGGCCCCGUUUCGAUGCAAGACCAGUUUUUGGUCAAGGAGAAGGACUCGAACAGGAUCAUGGGGGACAUCAAGGCUAGUGUGAAACUGUCCGCUUUUGGGAACACUAUUCAGACGAGUUUUCAACUUUUGAACAGCGAACAAGACGCCAAAAAGAAGUUUUUGAUCAAGGGGGCCCGAGGGCAAACCACCUUCCAGUGCCAAAAGAUGAAUGGAGAGUCUGACGACUUGCUCCCCCUGACUUGUCUUUUUUCCGACCAGCAGAGUAACAACCCGUCAAAAGACACCUCUUUGCGUGAAGAUCAGCAACGAUCAUGGAUGGCCCUGUUCAAGUCGACCCUUGACCCUCAAUACAGCACCCUUCCUGAGGAAUUUAACGUUGCCAUUGCAAACGUUUUCACUGGUAAAAGUCCCUCAGCUCUCACAUUCGACAUUGUUUCAUUGAUGGAAAAACCGGAAGAGAACAAAUACAUCGAUUUACGGAUUCGCGGGGGUUCCCAUGGUUUUAUUUUCGAGUUUGAAAAACCAGCAGGUGAUUCGAGUUUUCAAGAGAUUAAAUUCGAUGCUGAAGAGCAAGAUGUAGAUGAAGAAAGUUUGACUAUUGAGAAAAUCAAUCGAAUGUUGUGUAAAAAUAAAGAUUGUCCGGCGGCGAAGAAAUUUAAAGAGUUUGGAAUCGGCCCAUUGGCCACUACGAAGGGUCUUGGAACGGUUUAUGGGGAACCAUCAUUGCCCAUCACUUAUGGUAUAAGUCAAACAUAUGGUGUGUUUGAUGAGUAUGGCCCAUAUGGGUUAUUUUCACGCCCUAAACGACCCUCCCAACCCUUCAUUCCGAAAGAGGAGAAAUCUGAUUGGCACGAAUCGUGUUGGAAACCUAAAUCAAAGAAAAAAGAAAAACCCUGUGAUUGUCACAAGCAUGACCACAAUUCGUGUUAUUGUCAAAAUUUCCCCUCCCCUUUACGUUUGACAGGGGGCGGAGUCUUGGAUUACGACGAUGUUAAGAGCCCCUUUCAUGAAUGUAAAGAGGUAAUGGAUCAAUUUGACGAAGUCUUGAGGAAAUAUAAGAAAGCGUUGGGUCCUUGUGGUCAAGUCACGUGUCCUUUCGCCCCUAAUGUCACUAAAGAAAGUUGUAAACAGCGUUGCCAACAUGAACAAGAUGUCUACUCGGUUGACAAUGUAUACAAAAUGGCCGAACCGACGCCAACUGUCAAACAACCAGUCAAGGAGAAAUUUAAAGUAAAGGGGGCUUGUGGUUCCACUAAAUGUGCCUAUGCUAAAUACAAAAGGGGGCUGCAGGAUGAAGACGCCGAAAUGGAGUUGCAGUAUUUGCCAGCGGCCCCCUCGGGACAGUGUGGACAUCCUAAAUGUCCCUAUCCUGUUGAACCCGAUCUUCCCCCCAUCCAUUGGGAUUGUCCAGAUCCACUCCCGAAAGGACGAUGUAAAAAUCCCGAUUGUCCUUAUCUCCCGAAGGAAAUCAAGUGUUUGAAUGCUGUUUUGGCAAAAGGACCUUGUGGGAAUUUUAAUUGUCCGUUCACACCGCCGCCUCCGUGUGAUUCCCCCACAUGUCCUUUUGCCACUAAGGAGUGUCCUUAUGCGGAGAAGAGUGAAACUGAAAGUGUUUGUGAAAAUCCCGAGUGUCCUUACGCUCCCAAAAAGGAGAAUAGUUUAUGUGAUAAUCCCGAGUGUCCUUACAUGACGAAGAAGGAGCCAUCUUGUGUGAAAAAACCGCCAUCUUGUAGACCACCACCAUAUCCUACCAAUCCUUGUCUUCAAAAUCUCCUAGCCUACUAUGCCAUGAUGACCGGAAACUGUGACUUGAUGCGAAUUUGUUAUGGCGGACCUGAAUGCCCCUAUAUGAAGGAUCCUCCAAAGAAGAAACCUUCUCCCUGUUACAUCCCAGAGGAUCCCUGUGCUAAUCCCAAGUGUCCCUAUGUCACAAAAAAACCAUCUCCUUGUUACCCCCCGAACGAUUCUUGCACCAAUCCCGAGUGUCCUUAUAUGAAGAAACCCCCCGAUAUGGAGUGUGGAGAUUGUGAAGAAGACACCCAAACGAAAAAUAGUGAAGAUUUUUGUGGCAAUAGUGAGUGUCCCUAUGCCCCCAAAACAUGUUUCGCUAAACCUCCUCCUUGUUAUCCUCCCCCCAAAGAGGAGGUGUGUCAAGGACCUCCAUGUCCCUACAACUUGAGUUGUUUACAAGCACUACUCCCUUACUUUAACCCCAUAACGAUAUGUCCUGAUGGUACAUGUCCAUAUGGAGGGACCGGUCUCCAAGACCUCCUCCAAUUGUGUAUGGCAGGUAUGGAGUGUCCCUCCAUGAAACCUUGCCCUCCACCUGCACCCCAACCAUGUAUGGUGGAGGAAAAAAAUGAUGGUGAUAUAUGUGCAAAUCCCUCUUGUCCAUUCAAGAGUGAAGAUAAAACCUCCACUAAAGGAGGGAGGGAAUUAAACGAAGGUGUUGAAUACACGAGUGAGACACGUGUGGAGAUUGAUAAUGCCCCUUGUAAUAAGGGCACGUGUAAGGCAGAAGGAGGAGAAUUAGUUUGUACUGAAUGUCCCUGUCAUCGUGAAACUGGCGGUUUUGAGGAGCGCGUAUUGGAGGAGGGACUGUUGGAGUACAAGUCUGACACUAGAGUUAGUAUAGAUUUGGCCCCUUGUACUCCCAAAACAUGCAAAUCGAAAGGGGGCAAAUUAGUUUGUGACGUUUGCCCUUGUACUAAGGGUAUCCCCCACAUGGGGUGUAAGAAAAAGAAGAAGAAUAAAGGUCGGUUUGUGUACACGAUCGGUGAUAAGUACCCUGGGGUUCAUAUAGGUCACAAGGAGUGUGUCCUCCCGGGUUACAAUGUUCCUCCAAGAAUGGGGUGGUUGUGGAAUAUCUUCACUCCUUGUCUGAGGCUUAAACCACGACGUGGUUGGAGACCAGGAGCAAUUUCUAAAAUAGUAGCCGAAAGAAUUCGGAAGCAUCGUGAAGCCCAAGGAUUACAUAUGUUAGAGUUGAAGGACUUUCGAAGGGGGAAGAAAGGUGGAGGGGCUUACGAGUCAGGCACUUCGAUUAAUAUACAACCGAAACCAACACUUCAUAUUAAGAAGCAUGAUGGUUGCUAUUGGAUUACGAUGAACCCCCUGAAGGAUCCUCACACUUUGGUGGAGAAUGAAAGUCCCUAUAUGGAUUGUACUCCCAUGCAGUUCAAAAUUGUGAAGAAUAAGAAAGAAGGGGAGGAGGGAUACAAGUCGUGUUUUUGUGAUGGGGAAGAAAAUGAAGAGUCGUCGAGUGAGAGUGAGUUGGAGAUUGAGUUUACUCCCCCGGCUGGGAUUAUACAUCCUGAAAGGUUCAAGAGGAAGAGGAAUGUGGUUCAUUGUGAUACGCAGUAUUUGGCGACUGAUUUUGAGGUUAAAUCGGAGGGUGGGAAGAAGGGGAAAAAGGGGAAGAAGGAUAAGAAAGGGAAGAAGGGUGGUAAAAAAGGGAAGAAGGGGAAGAAGAAAUGAUCUUUUCAUUGAUAUGUGUGUGUGGCGUCUUGAAUAAAUAAUUUGGCUUA